AUUUAAAACUCAACCCACUCAGGACUGAGCCAACCUGUUGAGCGGAUGGUACAGAGUGUUGCUUUCAGUCUCUAUAGAUCUUUUGUCUACAUUUGUUAAGGGUGGUUUCUUUUCAAGCACAAUUCAAACGACCAUUCAGUUUCGUUCUCCUUAAUAAAGAAUAAAACCAUACUAUCAUGAUGAAGACUUUGGCACUAGUUUUCUUUGCAUUUUUGUCCAUUGUGUUGGCAGAAGGUCAGCAAACAAAAGACGAUGACCCUUUCUCUUUCGAUUAUUACAGACUUCGGGUUGGAGGACUGAUCCUGGCAGCAGUUCUGUGUCUGAUUGGCAUCACUAUUCUUCUAAGUGGCCACUGCAGAUGCAAAUUCAACCAGGACAAGAGGAGGAGAACAGGAAGUAAUGCUCAGCAGAUGCUCAAUGACACAGGAAGGGCCAGUGAAUGCUAAAAACAUGUGACCUGACCUGAACCAAUCACAGAAGACGUCUACAACACCUUCCUGUAUCCCAUUUACUGGUUUAUCAGAGGAAAGAUUUAUUUUUAAAACGAGGAACCUGAUUUGAAUGUUUUCUGUGUUUUCACAGCCUCUCCCAGAUUAUAGAGGAAUAUGUAAAAAAACAAAAAAACAUGUACCUGUUUUUUUCUGUUUUAUACCAGAUGUGUCUUUUUAAUGUCAUUUUAUCUCAAUCAACAUUUUUUUUUAAUCCUGUCAGUAAUUGUAUUAAAUUAUCUUGGAUGUAGAUACAGUUUAAAAGGAUGGGCAAUGGCAGUAUCUUGAUUCAGUCAAAUAUGGAAACCUAUAACCAAAUAUUACUGUACGCUGUAGUGCAUCCAUCCAACAUUGUAGUUGUCCAGGCUUUGUAGUUGAAUAACUUAAGUCAUAUGAAAUAGGGUGACCAGAUUCCUGCUUGUGGCAAACGGGACAGCCCCCUCCCAGCAAAAAUGAAAUUGACGUAUCCUUAUCUAGGCGCAAGAUCAAUGCGAAGAAGAGGGUGCAUCCACAUCUGUAACGGUUGUCACCUUGUACUUUUCGCUGGCAGCAAUUUUUUUGUGUGCGCUUGUCUUUCAAAAGUUUACCGUAAAAUGCUGAGCAGUCCAGUCCAAAAUUAAGAUGUGCGAAAAGCAUUGCCUUCAUGACUGUUACACCGAGUCGAGAUUUAUCCAGUGUCCAUGCAGCGUUCAUUAAUGAGAACACACACUCCACAGAUGCAGAUGUCCCAGACAGGCAUAAAACAAACUCCACGACCUUGGCUAAGACCUGACACAUUUUGAAUUUCUAUCAUGUUCCACUCAGACGAUGCGACGAGUGACAAUGUUUUUAGCCCAAGCCCAUGCAUUAAAGAGGGUGGUUUCGUCAAUCAAAGAGUGGGAAUUCUGGAGUAGAAGUGUUCGAGGCUGCUAUGAAUGUCUUUCCACUCUGGGAUGUCUCUCAGUAGGGCCAACUCAAGUUUUUCUGUGUUCUCCAAUGAGCGGUUCCAAUUUUGGAGGUAAUCCACUAAUGCUGAAUAAAAGUUUCUCACUGCACAAAAGAACCAUCCGCUCGCAUGUCACCAGCCUCAACCAGGGCAUCCAACUGCUUUUUAAUGUAAGAGGGUAUGACUGAUUCCUUCAGCCAGGCCUGCAAGACUUUUCUCAGGUCAUAAAUGUGCAAAGCCACUUUGUCUGCUUGAGUGCAAAGCCAAUCCAAAGUUAAGUGCAAGGAUCGCUGAAAAUGUCUCUUAGAAAAUUCAAUCUUCAGUCAGUUCACUAACUGGAUGUUUUUUGAUAUGAGAUUGUGAUUGGAUAGUUUAAUCCAAUCAUGUACUGCAAAUAACAUGGUGUGAUUUUAUUGGUUUUACAAGCAGUAUCCUUGGCUAAUUUUGAUUAGAAUACUCACAUGGCUGAGAAAGCCCCAUAGGCAAUAGAGAAAUUUUAGGAGAGGGAAAAUACGGGACUAUCCCAGGAAAAACUGGAUGUCUGGCCACCCUAUAUGAAAAGAUUAAAAAAAUACAUGCUAUCAAGAAAAUAUAUUUACAUCCUCAUGCACUGAUGAGAAAAGGGCUGCAUCCAAAAGCUGGAAAAUGCUGCUUUCGGAUGCUGUUAACGGAGAGAAAAUUAAAAUAAGGUGCCGUUCAAACUGUUCUGGACCAGGUUUUUUAAGACCAGUUUUCAUACAAAAACAUUGUUGGUAAAGCCAUUAACUGAUUAGCAUGUCAGCUACAUUAGAUUUUGGAUGUGCAUGAUUCUUUGUCAUUGCAGCCUAUAUUUAUCACAGACAUUAGAACUGUAUUAAGAGCUUUUUUUUAUCUGUUGUGUGAAAAUUUUAUGUAUCAGUCAAUGAUAAACAAAAAAUGAACUAACAGCUCAACUAAACAACUGUA